GGAUCAGCAUCGACCUCCGCAACUCAUCAGGCAGCUAUGAAGAUUCUCCGUCAAGAUGAGACUGGUGACGAAAUGGAGCGAUAUCUGUGGGCGCUUUCGAUGUCCCCAGUGCCACAUCCGGACAUUAUCAAAGAUAUUCUGAAGCGUUCGGAGGAGACACUGCAAAAUGAACGCGUGUCAGAGACACUAGCGCUGACAGCAGCUGCCAUGGCGAGACAGUUGGAUACUGCGUCGAUAAAGGAAAAGGUCCGGAUCAGUCUGGAAUUGGGACUGGACACGUGCACCGGUGAUGAUUGCCGACUCAAAUUCCUCCGGGCCCUGAGGAAUCUACGGAGUAAAGCAUCUCUACCAGUUCUGAUGUCUUACGCGAUCAAUGGGACACGAUCCACUAGUGUAGCAGCUUGGCGGGCCCUAGCAGCUCUCGACAACAAAUACAUCACAGAUGAUGUGAAGAUUGCAGCCAAACGUACCUUCUUCCAAAUUGGAGGGCCUAAGAGGGACAGCAGUGCCAGAACUCUAGCUGCUGACAUUGUUCUCGAAGGCGAGCCAACAGUUGAUGAACUCAGGGGAUUCCUCGAGUACCUCACAACGACCGAUUCCAUGUAUGAGGUGCAGAGGUACCUCAGUCAGAGGCUAGAACAGAUCGCUGAGAAGAACUCAAUGUUUCGGGAGAGACUCAAUAGCGCCAUUGAAGCUGAAGCGAAAAGAGUGAGGAAUUACAAUGUCCUGGCACAUCGUGGAAUGAGCACUGCAUUCACCAGACCCUUUCUCACUUCGUCCGCAAGUAAUGGAUCGCUAGUGACCGUCCAGGAGGUCAACUCUGGGCUGUUGAAGCGAGGAAUUGUCGAUGUUGUUAUGCAGACUGGUCCCCAUGAGGAAGCCCUCUUCUCUCUUGGUCUAUUCGCUGGUGGUCUCGGCAGUUUCAUGUCAUCGAACUCUCAGGAGGAAUCUGAGGAGGAAGUGGCCACUGCGGGAAUGGAGAUUGGAAUUCUUGGGGUCGGGGUCAGACCCUUUGUCUUCUUCUCCGGACAGGGUGAGCUCAUGGGACACGUGUGGUCGGGAACCGCCUCCGAGAGGACUCCUGCAUUCCAGACAAUUGCCAAUCUCCAUCGGCACAGGGAAUCGGUGCAAUUGGCUGUUGGUUUCAUCGCUGAGAUCGAUGUCGAAGGGGCUGUGAGUUUUGAUCUUGCUGGACAGAUUCAGCUCUCCCUGUGGUCCAGAAAUGCCCAAUCCCUCGUGGAAAUGGCAGCUGGGGUCGCUGUCAAGGGUGACGUCAGGAUAAAAUCGGAUUUUGUCCUGAGUAAUUCAGAGUUCGCUCUCAUAUUGGAACCUAAACUCAAAUUAUCGACGGACGUUGACUUCUCGGGACCCGUCAGUCUCUGUAUGAAACUGACGCAACCCGAUAUCUCCACUAUUCAUCAGAUUUAUAAAAUCGAGAGGAUACCAGGCAGCAAGCACCGACUCAGGAAGACGCGGCGAGUUAUCGUUCCAACACCAGCUAGAUCCUAUUUGCUCAACAGGAAGAAUAACGAGAUGUGCUCAAAGGUGUUUAGUUAGUGAUUUGUAUCAGCUGCAGUGACUCAAUCAAUUCAUCAUCAGAACUAUUUUUUUCCAAUUGUUUUCAAUUAUUCCGUGCUCACACCAGGGAAUAGCGAACGACUUUGUGAUCCAGUGUAUUUGAUUUUCUCAUGCUCACCCCAGUGAUGACUCCAUUUACUCAUCUUCAGUUAAUCAUUAAAUCUAGCUUUAAGUCUGUGAAAAUAUUUUUAACGCACUUGUUUAGCUGUUUUACAAUAAUGCGUGCACUGUUAAAAAAUUACGCUUGAAAUUUCAGGUAAAAUACACACAAUUUCAAUUUCAGUUUGAAUUUUCAAUAAUUAUUUAACAGUGUAUGCAACAACUGAAGAUGUGAGUGAUAUUCCGAGUGAAUGAGUGAGUGAUCCAUGUUUUUCAUUCUGUUCGAUAAAUGCCAUAUUUUAUUAAUAACAAAAUGAUAUGAAAUGAAUAAAUGAAA